CCUAUUACUGGCAUCAUGUGAGUGUUUGGACAAAACCCACAGUGAACGCAUAUAGAGGGAAGCUCACAGAAGUUCAGUGACCGUAAAAUAUGACUUUGCGAGUUGACAGAAUCGUUUUUUACACUUAUUGAGUCUGUUGUUAUUUUUUUCUUCAGUCGACGCCAGUCAGUCACCUAACCAAAGAGACACCUGCCGCUGAAGACGUGUAGGUAGUUACUCUCCUUUUUGUCUCAACCGUCCAUCGACAGUUUAUCGUACCAUUGUUCUUCUCUUGUGGAGGAUUUUGUUUUUAAAAAGGAAUUAUUCAGUUACUUGUUUCAGUAAAUUCCAACAGACCUGCUCAGGAUGCCUUGGAUGAGCGUCUCUCUGCCAUGGAGUUGCAUUCGGGAAAGCGCGAAGGUCUGUGACUGAACAAACUAGCCGUACUGCGGCACUAUCGCCAAAUAAACGCUUUGUGACUGUCUGUCCACUUGCUGAGUCGCAGAAAUGUUGUAAAAAGCGUUAGUUUUGCUUGGGACUGGGGGACUGAGAGUCGAAGAAGGCGAAGAGACCACUGCAGGUGCACGUGAACGCAGGAAUAUUAUAAUGGCUCUCGCGGCGGUUUCCCUCUACCUCCUCGCGCUUGCCUGGGCGAACUUGCGCCCGGUCCACGGGAACAACCGUCACGCCGUGUACUGGAACAGCUCAAACCUCCACUUGCGGAGUGAGGGCUACACCGUACAGGUCACCGUGAACGACUACCUGGACAUCUACUGUCCACACUACAACCAGAGCCAGCGGGGGGCGCUAGAGCGCGGGGUGGCCGAGCAGUACGUUCUCUACAUGGUCAGUUACCGAGGUUACCGCACCUGCGACCCACAGAUGGGCUUCAAGCGCUGGGAGUGCAACCGGCCGCACGCCCCCCACGCGCCAAUUAAGUUCUCUGAGAAAUUCCAGCGUUACAGCGCCUUCUCACUAGGCUAUGAAUUCAACGUUGGUCAUGAGUACUACUAUAUAUCUACACCUAUCCAUCACCACGGACACAACUGUUUAAGACUGCGGGUGUUUGUCUGCUGUUCUACAGUCUCUAAUGCAGAUGAUGACUCGAACCAGAGUCCCCCUGACUACACUGUCAGACCCAAACUGCAUGACAUCGAUGAGUUUAACCCUGAGAUCCCCAAACUGGAGAAGAGCGUCAGCGGCAGCAGUCCGUCUGGAGACCGGCUGUUAAUCACUGUGGCGACGCUUCUCCUCGCUGCUCUCCUCGUGUCUUAGCAACCGUCUCUCUCUCUCUCUCUCUCUGACAUUUCUGAGCCAGCAGCUCCGAGCGCUCGCCUUUCGUUCAACCUGUGCGGGAGUUUAUCCAAUCAGAACAGAUUAACCAAUAGUUGAGCCCUAAACACUGGAGCUAAUUGUAGAUCCACCGCACCCAAACAGUGGCCUUCGUCUCCACAAUUUUGGAAUAAGGAAUGACGUGCAUCAAUUUCAGAUUUUGCCUUUGCGAUGGAACGUCCACUCUCCCGAAACGUACUCGCGGAGGAAAACAAAUCUGGUUAGACGGUG